AUGAAGAUCACAAGGACGCCCAAGCGUCUCGCUGUUGCUGCACCCGAGGUGCUUGCUCUGCAGGACCGCAUCAACAAAGCCACAGACGACGAGCUGCCAAGCGUCCUCGACAGCAUCUCCGAGUGGUGCUGGCCAAGAGGCGAUCUCUUCUACUGGACCGCCGUCCUCAACCGCUUCGACCUCAUCCUCGAAUCCGUCUGCCGCGACUAUGAACUCGCAAAGAUCCAGGUCAACGACUUUACGCCCCUCACAAAGCGCCUCGUGCUCAGCAUCCUCCGCUUCUCCCGACUCCUCAUCGAGAACUGCACAAAUCGCAAGCUCUACAACUCCUUCGAGCAUGUCAACGACCUCCUCUGCACACGCCAUCUCGACGUCCUCGAGGCCGCCCUUCGUCUCGUCCUUCGCGGCGCUCAGCAGCACAACAGCCACCAUCCCCGCGCCGAGUUCCCCAUCUCCCGCGACCGUCUCACCACCCUCGCCAUGAUCUGGACCCCCCGCGACCACGGCCUCUCGCUCGUCGACAUUGCUCAGCCACACCUUCCGCUGCCGCCAGAGCUCGCACACGUCCGCUUCCAGUUCUUCAAGCGAAGCGGUCUCGCCACAAACUCGGCAGCUUCUUCGUCUUCGCAGACCAUGACGGCCACCACCACUACCACCGCCGUCGCAUCGCCUCACCCGCACCAUGGCCACCACCACCACCACCACCACGACCAGACCACCGCGACUCCGACGCGUCCGCGCCACAGGGACAACCGCCCCGCCAUGCUACCUGCGCUCUCGGCCGGUGCCCUCCCCACCACUCCAACUCGAUCCGACGACCGCAACGACGCACCCAAUGCCCUCGGCUCCAACUCGGCCCCUCAAAGCCGUCGAGAGGGCCUCGUCAACGUCGAUCUCGGUAGUCUCUCUCGCAGCAGUGUCGGUGGCGCCAACGAUCCCGUCCACCUGCUCGCCCAGGCGGUCGAGUCCUACGAAAUCCCCGCCGAGGAGCGCUUCGAGCUCUUCCAGCGCAUCCGCCUCGCCCUCGGCUUCUCGGAUCCAAACGAGCGCAUCCAGCUCCUCAUCUGUCGACUCCUUGCCAUCGCCUGCUACGGCCUCAUCAUCUCCGAGUCCGUCGCCAACACCCAGCUCUUCCUCUACGAGCCCGACCUCGUGCAGCGCGUAGCCGCCCUCGUCGACCCCGUACAGAAGCUCGAUAUGGCUUGCCAGAGCAGCGCCUUCUACGCCCUCGACAGCCUCGGUCGCUAUCGCAACAAGGUCAGCGUUGUCCUCAACUCGGUCAACGCUUCCGUCAACCACGGCAUCAUCCUCAGCGCACUUCGCAGCCUCAUCAAGGACCUGCGCACGCCCGAGCCCGUCUCCAGCGACCACUACGUCGACUCGGUGCUCAGCUUCGUCGCCUUCAUCGCUUCCACCUCGGUCGGAAGCCACAUGAUCGUCGGCGCAGGCCUCAUCCCUCUCCUCAUCGAGAUCGCCAACAUCCCCAAUCCGCACCGCUACAUGGUGCAGCGCACCAUCACCAGAGCCUUGGGCCUCAUCGACAGCCUCGCCUACGCCGUGCCCCAGGCCUUUGACCUCUUUUGCAACGCACGCGGCCUCGACGUCGUCGUCGAGCGCAUCCAGGCCGAGGUGGAACGCGACAUCGACGACGGCCUUGCCGACCGCAUGAGCGAUGGCGUCUACGGCGAGCCGGGGCCCGACAACCUCUACGGCCGCCUUGCCUUCGGCCGUUCGGCGCUGCUCCGCGCCAUGCUCAAGUCCAUCACACAGAUGAUGGCGUCCACGGGCACGGGCGAUGGCCUUCGCAACCUCAUCAACACCUCGCUCCCCGCCUCGCUCAAGCGCAUCAUCCGGCAUCGUUCCGUCUUUGGUCCCCAGAUCUUUGCGCUCGCCAUCAACGUCAUGGCACAGUUCAUCCACAACGAGCCCACCUCGCUCACCAUCCUCCAGGAGGCCAAGCUGCCCGAAGCCUUCUUUGAUGCGAUCGAGGCCGACGUCGAGGCGCACUGGGACGUCAUCUACUCCAUCCCCAACGCCAUCGGCGCCAUCUGCCUCAACCAGGCCGGACUCGACCUCUUCAACGCAAGGCCCGUCAUCCCCAAGCUCUUCUCGCUCUUCACCUCGGAGCGCCACAGCAAGGUCUUGCAGGAUCGAGACAAUGCCAACUCUUUCGGCGCGGCCAUCGACGAACUCAUGCGCCACCAGCCCAGCGUCAAGGGCCUCGUCAUGGACUCCAUCCUGCGUUCGCUCAACGACAUCGACCAGAUGGGCCGCGCCUUUCUCCUUCCCUCGGAGCCCAAGUCGCGCGCUGCCUACGGCCUCCUCGCCGUGGGCGCUGCUGCCGCGGACGAAGCCGCCGCUGCCACAGCGGCCUCGGAGGGCAGCUCGACGCAACUUCGCUCCGUGGCCCUUGCUGAUGUCGUCACCGACGAGCCCGAUCCGAUCCGCAAGGAAGACCUCAGCAAGCUCGAGUCCAACCCGGUCAUCGCCUCCAUCGAUGUCAUCGCUCGUUUCCUCGAGGGCCUUUUCCAGACCACCUCGCACUGCAAGGACUUCAUCAAGCUGGACGGUCUCGACAAGCUGCUCGCUUUCUACUCACUGCCGUGCCUGCCGUAUGAUUUCUCGGUCUCGCCUCUCGCCGACUCGCUCGUCACCCUGGUCCGCUUGAUGGCCGAGAUCAGCCCGACGACAGUGCUGAUCGCCCUGCUUCGCGACGUCAAGGCCGCAUCCGAGGAGGUGGCCGCCCUGUUCGGCAUCUCGGACAAGUCGUUCGAGUCCAUGGCCUACGACAACGACGUCUCGCGCCUCCUCUGGAUGGCCACGCCUCGCGACGACGCCGAAGCCGAGCACGCCACUCAGGCCUUCCGCAAGCUCGUCGGCUUGUGCUCGCGUACGCACCUCUUCACCGACGUCAGCACCAUCACCUACGUCGGACACAAGCUUCCAACGACUUUCUUGCAGGCGCUCGUCACUAGCGCCAACACCGGCACCAUCAGCGUCGCCGAGCUCGGCGCGAUCCACCGUGCCUGUUCGUGGGAAAACAUGCUGCUCAAGGCUUCGCUGCCCCCGCCGCCACCGCCCGCCAAGGCUGCCUCUGCCUCGACUCAACCGAGCUCCGGCUCCUCUGCGCCCCAAGCAUCGUCGACGCAAGGCACGGCUGAACAGUCCGCCAUCACUCCUGCGACCGAGGAUCGUUCCGCAGCUUCCGCACAGCAGACGCGUCCAUCCCAGCAUGGCGUGCCGAACGAUCUCUUGCAGGACAUUGCCGGCACGGUCGAGCAGCAGGCACAGGCCGCCAACGCCGCGCAGAAGCAGGAAGACGACCCGAGGCAGCGAAACGCUGCUGCGCUUCGUUACGUCGCCUCGCAGAUCCCCUCUUCGCUCACUUCGCUCUUCGAAGAGACCGUGCGAUACCUUGCUCCGCGACGCACUGUCGACCCCACCCACAGGAAGGCGGCCUUGGCUGCCGCGAGCCAGAUCGCCCGCUUCCUCAAGCAGCACAUGGUCUGGCGAGAGUCGAGCAACGGCAUCAACAGCCUCGCCUUUGCCACGCUCAUGAUCUGCCAGACCAGCUGUCUGCUUUUCGACGAUCGCCACAGCUCGACGCUCGUCUACUCGAUGGUCCUGCGUGCCUUUGACAAGAUCGGCGGUCUGGAUGCGCUCUUCGACCUCUUUGAUCGCUACGUCGCCGAGAUCGACCGAUUCUACGUUGGCGAGGGCAACCGCAUCGAAUCCAUCGUGGCCAACAUCGACGAGGCCGGCAUCAAGCUCGGCCAUACGUGCGGAGGGCUCAAGGUCGUGCUUGGCGUCAUGCUCAAGCUUGUGCAUUGCAAGGGCAUCGUCGACUCGGCUCAGACCUUGCAGAUCAACCGCAUCGGAGGCGGCGAGAACUUUGACCCGCACGCCUACAUCGUCAAGAUCCGUGCCGAGGUGCUGUCGACGCUAAUGGCCGUGUGGGACAAGCCGUGGCUGCCCUCCCUGCCUGCGUCGGUGAACCGUCUGAUGCUGCAGAAUCUGCUGACCAUUCUCAAGGGCCAGAACGAGGUUGCGCCUCCGCCCAAGAAGCCGAGCGCCACGACUGGCUCCUCGAAUCCUGCUGCGACUCCGGAGGCUGGAUUCCCGCUGCUCAACAUGCGCAAUCCGUUCGCCUUUGGCAGCGCGCCCCGACUCGUCCCCGCACCGGUGCGACGUGCGCCCAACGAGGACCGAGUCCGCACCAUGGUCGACAUGGGCUUCCCCGCAAACGCAGCGCGCCACGCCUUGUCGCGAUGCCAGAACAAUCUCAACGCGGCGACCGAGUACCUGCUGAUGCACGAUGACCUUGUCGUGCAGUAUCGCGACAACCCAGAUCGCCCGUGGAACGACGACGCCUCGGCUCCCGCCACUGGCGCUACAGCAGAAGCCGCCACCGGCGAGAGCACUUCGGCAGCAGACGCAACCACCGCCACUCCGGCUGACGCGCCACCGCCCGCUAACACCGCCGCCGCCCGAGGUGACGAUGAGGAGUGGGAGGAUCAGAUGACCGACGCCCCGGCCGCCGAGGCAGGUGAUGCGUCGGAAGAGGUGCAGGACGUCAUGAUUCCCGACGCUCCGCCGGCGGAAUUCGGCGACUUGCCUCCUUCGACGGUGCACUUGGAUUGCGACGAGACUCUGGACCAGGGAGCGAUCGACGAGACAUUGGCCCGCCUGGACAAAGGUCGCGCCCAGCUGCGAUCCACCCUGGUCGAGAGGGGUCUCGAGCUGGCCGACCACCACCCCGCGCUGGUCUUCGAGGUCAAGAGCGCCAUUCUGCUCGAGUCCACCGACCGCACGCGGGCGACGAGCUACAUCGAGACGCUCGUCAAGAUGAUCGACGCCGAAUCGUCUGCGGCCUUCGAAGCCAAGGCCAACUUUAUCGCUCUGCGUCUGCAGCUCCUCGCACUCAUCCUGCACGACGAGCAGAUCUUCAAGCAACUCGAUCGCGAGAUGGCAGCGUCGGUGUUGAAGUCGUUGGAGGCUCUCAUCCAGCUGUACGGCUCGCGCAGCGCCACGCAAGGCAAGGCAGACGGUGCCGCAUCGGCGCCAGAACCGGCUGCCUCGGGAUCAGAGCAAGCAUCCAAGGUGCCAUCGUCUCCAAAGUGGCUGGCGUCGCUCAUCUUGUCGCUCGUUGGCAUCCUCGGAUUUUCCGAAGACAUCGUCGAGACCAAAGUGGACGACUCGUUCCUUGACGCUCCCGUCGAAGCCGACUCCUCUGUGACUGCAGAGUCGGGCAAGGGUGACAGCCAGUCAGCGCCCGAGGCAUCGACCGUGCAAGCAUCCGCGAGCACCAGCGAGAAGCCAUCGCUGCCGCCGGUCAAGGUCGGCUCUGUCCCCAUUUCGGACGCGCUCUUCCAGUUUGCGAUCCAGCUCUUCCGCGAGGCCCCAGCGCUCGAGCGCAACGAUCUGCUGGCUGCUUAUCGACUGCUGACCGUGCUGACCCGCAGUCACUCGUACGCGGCUCGUUUUGCGCGCGAAGGAGGCGUUCGUCUCAUCUUCGAGCCGUUCCGUGUCCUUGAGCCCAAGCUGGUCUCCGGAUGCCAGCCUUUCGUCGCGAUCGUGCUGCGUCACAUUGUCGAAGACUCUCAGACUUUGGCCGCGGUCAUGGCCCAGGAGAUCCACAGCUUCGUGGCGCAGUCGCGCAACAAGCUGACCGACACCUCGACGCUCGUCCGCCAGCUCGACUGCGCGGUUCUGCGCGAGCCCGACAUCUUCCUUGCAUCCGCGGUUGAAAAGGUCGAGAUGACCGAGUACUCACCCACCAAAGGCAGCGGUCACAUCAAGCUGCUUCAGCACUCUACAGCCGCGGGAGAGUCGAGCAAGGAGUCGCCUUCCGACCUCGCCGGCAACGGGCAAGCAAGCCUGGCCAGUCUGCGUCUCGGCGACGAGCCUAUGGAAGGCUCGGCAUCCAAGACAAUGGACGAAGCCUCCUUCUUCAAGACCGCCGCGCAAGCUUCUUCCGCCAGCACGCCAUCGGAGGAGCUCGACGGCUUGAUGGGCUUCUUGCUGACUGAGCUGCUCAAGUCUACGGCCAGGAAGCCUGCGACACCCGAGCCCUCUUCAGCCGCCAACGCCACUGGUGCUCUCACCGCCACCCCCACGGAGAGUAGCGCUGCGCCUGCUGGUGCCACGACGUCAGCGGACACUAGCGCAUCGGCUGCUGAAAGCGCGGAGAAGGAAAAGACCGAGGCCGAGAAGCAAGACGACAUCGCCUUCUUCUACUCGUCGUUCCUCAUGCAGUGUCUUACGGAGCUCUUAUCUUCGUACGCUUCCUGCAAGACGUCCUUCACCAACUUCAGCAAGAAGCGUCUGUUUGCAGCUGCAGCGGGCUCCCUAGCUACGCCCACUUCGACGCCGGCGCACGCUUCAAUGACGUUUGCUCCGGGCACACCCGGAGGCAAGGACGCCGGUCGUGCACGAGCGGCGAUCCUGAGCACGUUCCUGACCGAGCUGGUGCCUGCCGGCUUCCUGAGCUCGUACGAGGGCAGCGAGCUGCGCAGAAAGAUGACGCUCUCCAACUGGGCCAUGUCGGUUCUGGUGGCCCUCACUGCGGACGUGAGUGCGCACAUCGACGUCAAAGAGGUACCAGCAGAGCUCAUCACGGUGCGCAAGACGGUCUUGGAUGCGAUCGCGCGUGCCAUCAAAGAGGCUGCAUCGUCUUCGGAGCCCAUCGAGGUGCGCUACGGCCGGCUGUACGCGCUCAGCGACCUGUGCUACCGUCUGCUGAUCGCACGUCCCAACAGCACGGGCGGAAAGCAGACCGAGGAACUCACACUGCACAUGGCCAAGAUCAUGCUCGAAAAGAACUUUGUCACCGUGCUUACGAGCGCGAUCGCCGAUGUGGACCUCAACCUGCCGACGGUCAAGUCGCUGCUCGAGGCGAUCCUGCGGCCGCUCGAGCACCUCACCAAGGUCGCCAUCAAGAUGGGCAAGACCAAGGACAAGAAUGGCGGCCGAGCUGUGAUCGACGAGACGGACGACGAGACCGACUUUUCGUCCGACUACGACAUGGAGGAGGACUUUGACGACGAGGACGAGGACGAGGAAGACAUGGAGCGCGCCGAGACGCCCGACUUCUACCGCAACUCUUCGCUCGGCAUGCACACGGGCGAGAUGGAGCAGGGCUUCGAGGACGACGAGAUGUCGGACGAGAGCAUGGAAGACGACGAGGACAUGGACAUGGCGGACUACGACUCGGAGACCGGCAGCGAGCUCUCGAGCGACGAGGAGCUCGAGGGCGAGGACGGCGACGACCCUCGCGUCAUUGAGCUCACGGACUCUGACACCGACAUGGACGACUCGAGCGACGAAGACGACAUCUCGGACGACGACGGUCACGGCCACUCGCACGCGCGCGGCAUGCGCGGCGGCGAUGUCGACGACGACGACGUCAGCAUCGUCGAUGAAGAGGACGAGUGGACCGAUGAAGACGACGAGGACGAUGACGAGGAUGACGAGGACGACGACGAAGAGGCGCUCGACUUUGUCUUCGAGGAGGGCGAGGACGGCAUGCCGGCGAUACCCGAAGAGCUUGAAGACGGCGAUGAGGCCGCACUGAUGGACGGCGAAGACGACAUGAUGGACGAAGAGGAGAUGGAGAUGCUCGAUGAGGAGUCUGUCGAUGGCGACAUGGACGGCGACGAUCUGUCGCAGCUCGAGCUGGCCGAGGCGUACGACGCUCCGAUCGACGACCGUUUCGGCGCCAACUGGGGCUGGACGGCCCUUCCGGAUGCUCGCAGCGGCAUGCCGGGUGCCUCUGGCGACCGUCCUCGUACGGCUGGCAUCUUCCCGCCCAACUUCUUCCUGCCCAACGCCAUCGCCAACAUGGCCAGCGGCACCGGCGGCCAUCGCCGACGCAAUCUGCUCGACUUUGACUCGAUGAUGGCGCCGCGUCGCGCUACGACCGUUUCGUACGAAAUCCCGACGCAUCCACUGCUGAUGGACCAGUCGGAUGCCGACGCCAGCCGUCACGCAGGUCGCAACUCGAGCCGCGGCGCCGGCGGCGCACAGCUGCCGUCGGGCUACGCAGACUGGGCGCAGUCGGUGGAAGAUUUCGUGGGAGAAGGUGCGCUGCAGUUCUUGGAGCAGCUGCUGACCCGUGGCGGCGCCAAUCAGGACAUUCACAUCGAGGUCGGAAAUGGCGGCAGGGUGCGCAUCGACGGCAUCGACGUCCCUGGCCGCGGUGGCCGCGGCGGUCAUCACCACCACCAUCACAGCCACACCCAGCACGGUCAGGCCGUGCUUGGAGGCGAUGCGCACCGGGCGCCCAGCAGCCGUCAAGCGGCUCGCAUGAACGAUCCAGUGACGCUCUCACAGUCGUUCACGCCCAUGCCCACGAUCACGAGGUGGUCCGAGGAGGCGCUGAUUCUGUUGCCUUCGUCGGCUGUGUCGAGCGAGCGUACGUCGCGCAUGCGCAAUCAUCUCAUCAACGCGCUCAUGCCUGGCUUCAAGAAGAGCCGACUGGAAACUCGACGAAGGCUCGAGGAGGAUCGCAAGAAGCUCGAGGAGGCGAAGCAGACGCGCGAGAAGGCUGAGGCCGAGCUCAAGCGGCUGCGCGAAGGCAAGGCGCGCACCGAGCAGGAGCUGCAAGAAGCGCGCGAGAGGCUGCGGGAAGGCGAGCAGCGAGCACACCAGAUGCUCACCCAGGCCGGAACCGAAGCCGAAGCUGCUGCCGACGCGCCGACAGAGGCGCCCACCGUCACGGGCACGCCCGCAGAGCCCUCGCAAGAGCAAGCGGUGUCCACCUCCGCCGAAGCCGCCGUUGCCGCUUCCGACAGCAUCACCUCUGGCGCUCAGGCAGAGCCGGCUCCUGGUGGUGCAACUGCCGACGAUGUCGAGAUGUCUGAUACCUCGCCUGCAGUGACCGAGCCGUCGAGCAGUGCCGUGGCCACGGACGCAUCGACAGCACGACCUUCAGAGGCUACGCUGUCGGGCGAGUCGACUGCACCUGCCUCGGCAGCCGAGCGAUCCACGAUCAUGAUCAACGGCGAAGAGAUCGACAUCACCGACACGGGCAUUGAUCCAACGUUCCUCGAGGCGCUGCCGGACGACCUGCGCGAGGAGGUGCUCAACCAGCACUUCCGGGAGCGCCGAGCUGCGGAAGCGACGAGCAAUCUGCCGCAGCCGACGAGCAUCGCGCCCGAGUUCCUGGACGCACUGCCUCCCGAGCUGCGAGCCGAGGUGAUCCAGCAGGAGGCGAUCGAGACGUCGCGACGCCGCGUUCGCGAGCAGAUGGCAGCGCAGGCGAUCGAGGACCGAGACCGACGAGCGUCGGGCCAGGACGGUGGUCAAGAUGCAACGAGCUCGAGCGCAGCGCGUCCGGCGGGACAGGGCGGCCGAUCGGGCGACCAGGCGAACGACGCUCUGGGCUACACGUUCUCGGCCGACGACCUUGACGAGAUCCUGCGCGGUGACGGCGAGCAACUGCUGGACUCUCUGCCCAUGACACGACUUGACGGCGAGGCCGCAGGAGAUCAUCAGCGUCAACACCGCCGAUUCGACGAGGAGGAAGACAGCCAAGAGACGUCGACUGGUACGGUGCGAGAUGUGCCUGACGGUCCGAGGGCGCCGCGAAGGCCGAUCAUGCAGAUGCGAGUGCUCAACCUUUCGGGCAUGCCUGGAUCGGCGCGGGCGACGGGUGGCGCUGGCAACGAGGCUGCGCACGGCGAUGCGUCCAAGAAGGCGGGACCGCGCGAUGCGAUCCAGCUGCUGGACAAGCCGGGUGUGGCGACGCUGGUGCGGCUGCUGUUCUUCCCCCAGAUGAACGCCAAGCAGACGUCGCUGCACAAGGUGCUUGCCAAUCUUUCGGAGAACGCCAAGACGCGAUCGGAGCUGCUGAAUCUGCUGCUGAUGGUGCUGUCGGAGGGCUCGGUGGACGCGCAUGCGGUGGACCGUUCGUUUGUGUCGAUGAGCAACCGGGCGAACCGGAUGCACGCGACGCCAUCGCGACCGACGCCGAAGCGGGCCAACUCGGGGCCUGCAAGCGCGGUGCACGGGCAGGUUUGGACGCCUGGGGGCGCGGGCGGCUCGUCUGGCAAUGUGGCGCCGCUGUCCAAGACGGGAGACGAGGCGCCGUUCCUGAUCGCGUCUCGCAGCCUGGACACGCUGCUGCAUCUGACUGCGGUCAACACUCAGGCGGCGCUGUACUUUUUGCGCGACGACUCGCGACCGCCGAAGCGAAGCAAGGGCAAGGAAAAGGAGAAGGAGAAGGAGAAGGAGAAGGAGGGUGUGGAGCGUGGAUGGGCACCGCUCAACGUGCUGCUGGGGCUGUUGUCCAAGGAGACGAUCUUGGCCAACAGCCAGCUGGUGGAUUCGCUGCUGGCGCUUCUGAGCACGGUGACCAAGCCUCUGCUUGCGGUGACCAAGCCGGAGGAGGGCAAGCGUGGUACGGGUGGCGCAGGCGAGUCGACGGCAGCGGCUGAAGCGUCGAGCAGCUCUGCGCCAGCAACAAGCACGGCAGCGGCAACGUCGACGAGCAGUGGCAGCAACCAUGCCGGAGCCGCACCGGCCGAGGCUGUCGCCAAUGCGGUCAAUGCGAAAGCGGGCGAAGGCGGUUCGGAGGGCUCGCUAUCGACGAUGCCGGUGGUGCCUGCGGAGCGGCUUGCAAACAUUGUGAGGCCUCUUGCGACGGCGGUGUCGAGCAAGGGCUUCCAGAACACGCUGGCGGUGGCUUUGCACCUGUCUGCGAUCGAUGGUGCGCGCGAUGUGAUCUGCGGCGCGCUGCAGGCGCAGGCGAACGAGGCGUCGAGGUCGCUGGUUGUUGACCUGGAUGCGUUGCUGGCGACGCUGCCGGAGCACGUGGAGGAGGACGAAGCGGAGGAGGAGGGCGGCGGCAAGGACAAGGCCGAGGCGGGUGGCAGCAGCGAGACGCCCGGGGCUGGCGACGGCACGCCGAGCGGAGUGACGCGCAGCGGGAUCGUGAUCAGCGGGCCGACGGUGACGGAUCGGAUCUCGGCGAUGAGCGGCGGGCAGCGCAUCGAGAGCAAGGCGCUGGCGGCGCUGGCGAGCCCUGCGAAUGCGCAGGCGGUGCUGCUGCGAAGCCUGCGCGCGCUCGACUACAUCAUGACGGGCCGAUGA